AUGGCGGUUGCGGCUUUUGGGGAGUUGAAUAUGGAGGAGGCUCCUCCGAUUUGGGGAUCUCGGAGUGUCGAUUGCUUCGAGAAGCUUGAACAGAUUGGCGAAGGAACUUACGGUCAAGUAUACAUGGCUAAAGACAAAAAAACAGGUGAAAUCGUGGCUCUUAAAAAGAUUCGUAUGGACAAUGAAAGAGAAGGGUUUCCCAUAACAGCAAUCCGGGAGAUCAAAAUUCUCAAGAAGCUGCAUCAUCAAAACGUCAUCCAUUUGAAAGAGAUUGUUACUUCGCCUGGUCGAGACACGGACGAUCAAGGCAAUCCAGACAAUAACCAAUACAAAGGUGGAAUCUACAUGGUCUUUGACUACAUGGAUCAUGACUUGACUGGACUUUGUGAUCGUCCUACACACAUGAGAUUCCAAGUUCCUCAGAUCAAGUGUUACAUGAAGCAACUGCUCACUGGCCUUCACUAUUGUCAUGUCAAUCAAGUGCUUCACCGUGAUAUUAAAGGUUCCAAUCUCCUUAUUGACAAUAAAGGAAAUCUAAAGCUUGCGGAUUUCGGGCUUGCACGCUCAUUUUCUCAUGAUCAUAAUGGAAAUCUUACAAACCGUGUCAUCACAUUGUGGUAUAGGCCCCCUGAAUUGCUACUCGGUGCCACAAAAUAUGGACCAGCGAUUGACAUGUGGUCGGUCGGUUGCAUAUUUGCUGAACUCUUGAACGGGAAACCAAUCCUGCCUGGCAAAACAGAGAGUGACCAAUUGACUAAGAUUUAUGAACUUUGUGGAUCACCUGAUGAAAACAACUGGCCUGGGGUUUCCAAGAUGCCUUGGUAUAAUCAAAUGAAAUCAUCUCGGACCUUGAAGAGACGUGUGAGGGAGAUCUACCCACACUUUGAUCGCCAUGCCCUUGACCUACUGGAUAAAAUGCUGGCGCUUGACCCGUCGAAGAGAAUAUCUGCAAAGGAUGCUCUUGAUGCAGAGUACUUUUGGACUGAACCGUUCCCGUGUGAUCCAAAGAGUCUACCUACAUAUGAAUCAUCACAUGAGUUCCAGACAAAGAAAAAGCGGCAAGAGAUGCGUCAAAAUGAGGAAGCAGCCAAAAAACAGAAACUGCAGCAUCCGCAACACUCUCGUUUGCCUCCACAGCAACACGGUGUUGGUCAGUCUCAUGCCGCUUCACACUGGCCUGCCGGACCAAACCACCUUAUGAACAACGCACCACCACCUCAACUACCCGCUGGUGGACCUAGUGGCCACCACUACUAUCAAAAUCAACGUGGUGGUGCACCUGGUCCAAACCGGUACCAUCCUAGUGGAAACCAGACUGGAGGUUAUAAUAAUCAGAGCCGUGGAGGUUACAGCAGCGGAUCAUUUCCUUCACAAGGGCGAGGUGCACCAUAUGGCGCCGGACCUAGCGGUGGCUAUGGUGUUGGACCGCCUAACUACUCACAAGGCGGUGGUGGUGGACAGUAUGGAAGAGGACAGAACCCAACGGGUGGUGCUAGAAACCAACAAUAUGGAUGGCAAUAG